GAUAAAAGGUUUUGGUGCAAAAAUGCGGUUACUUAUAUUAGCGACUUUUUAUAUCUUGCUACCUUUUAUAUCAGCAAAUGAAACGGUCGGGAGUAAAUUCGGCGACAUAAAGAUGCAUGCCAGCGUUGGGAACCUACCGUUGAAGUACAGUCCGAUGACAGAGGAGGACGUGGAAGCAUCUCUCACAGCGUCAGAUAUCCUGGGCUUCAUCGCGCUCGCGCCUAAUAUCGACCCAUUCAAGCUCGAGGCGCCACCUCCCGUUGGCAUUGAUAUCCCUCACCUAUGGCUAAAUGGUGUUGCAUACAUGAAGAACUUUCAGGUUUCCGGAAUCACAUCAUUAAUAAUAGAAGGCGUUCAGUUGCGUCUCAUUAAUCUUCGAGCAGAUCUUAAUAUCACAAUUCCUAAGAUAUAUUUUGAAAGUGACUUUAACCUGCAAGCAACUAUGAGUUUCCUUCCUGUCAAAUUGCGGUGUAGCUUAAGUGGGACCCUCUACGAUAUGCGCAUAAUGGUAUCGGCUGGGGCUAAGCAGGAUAAUAUCCCGCCGACGGGGAAAGUGCUGCAAAUUGACAGCGCUGAUGUUGAUAUCAAUAUAAAAGACGCCAAGUUCAAUUUCACAAGUAUUUCCAUUGGCGGCGCGAAAGAAACUGUCGGCACUCCUGUUACUCAAUUAUUCAAAAAAACUCGUAGGGUGAAAGGAAGGAAAGGGAGUCUUUAUGAUAAUAUUCUCAAAACAGCACUGAUCUUAGUGAAUAAACAACUGGCGGAAAUUUCAGCCGACGCAUUCUUACCAAAUCUGUGAUAGGUAUGCUAUAUAACAAUUAUUUAGUGAAUAUUUUAUUAAUAUCAAUGAAAUAUUCAAUCGUGCAAUUUUUACGGAAAUAUCUAACUGCUAUGAAAUGGUCAAGUGAAAAGGACAUUCAGGAAUAAUACACAUUGUAUUAUAGAACACGCGAACUUCUGCUUGUAUUUUUUAUUCUCAAAUCUUAUGAUGAAUCUAUGAUGUCUUUUUACCUACUUUUGUUAAUAUAGAUAGAUUAACGACCAUAUAAAAAAAUAGUAUAUAGUUAGGUACUGUGUAUGUAUCUGAACUUCUGGGUCAUCAAUUUUAAGUACCUACACAGGUUCUAAUACCGAAGUUGGAUUAAAUGAAAUAUUGAAAUAACAUAAUAGGUAUACAUACCUACCAAAUAAUACUUCGUAUCUGUGAUUAUCAAAGAACAUAUAUUUCAGUAUCUACACCUUCUACUGCAAGUUGGUUAAUUUAAUAACCCCUGAACUGAUUUUAUAAAGCUUACAUCCACAACUUGAACAACUAAGAAUUUAACAAAUUAUUUAAAGAGUAGUACUCUUUUGACCCAUUCAAUUCCAAGAGUGUUGUGGUUCGUAGGCAGCUAAAUCAUGACUUUUUCAAAAUUUUACUUUGCAAUCAGUCAUUUUAAUGUCUCAUAGAUUAGCUGAUUAGCUAUAAGUUAUUAUAUGCUAUCCGUGAAAACCUAUAAUUGGCUUUUUGUUUCUCUAUGUCUAUGAAAUUGUUUUGUAUAGCCGUUGGUUUUCCAAUAAAUAAAUAAACAACAGAUAUGUAACCUAAGUACUAAAAAUAAACGCAUUUUACAUUAAUAA